AAGUGCGUAGUUUCGAGCAAAUUUGAGUGAAAACAAGGCAAAACAUGUGAAAAAAUGAGCGCUCGACCCACACCGACAGCAUUUAAACGUCCCUUGGAUGGGAUUUUCUCGAUUUCGACCUUUUUGAAGUCGCAAACGCACGAAAAACCGCUCAGAAAUGCGCUCUAUAACGUUGGCGUUAUUAUGGGCGUUGGCUUGAUUGUUUCCGUGACUCUUGUGCUUUGGCCUUUUUUGAAACCGAUGUUAUGGGCUUUUCUAUUUGGCGCCGUUCUCUUUCCCGCCAAACGCAACAUCAGCAACACAAUGAACUCCUGGCUGGAUCGCAUGGAGCAAGAAGAUCGUCCCUUACUCAUGACCCUCGUCAUAAUUCCCUUCGAAACGAUCGAUUGUUACGGAAAAUACAUCGUCGACUGGUUCAUUUCUCAUCUGAAAAUAAUUCUCAUUUGCGGCGCAUCCUUAUUCGGCAUCAAACUCCUCGUGAACAUCCUUCCGGCGGAAUUUUACCUCAUCCUACUCAAAUUUGUGACAUUCAGUCAUUGCCUUUUCGGCAGAUUAACCAGCGCUUUGUCAACAUGGAUGGUACUUUUACUCGUUUUUGUGUAUUUAAUCUCCAUUUGCGUUCUGUGGAAGCCUCAGAUGCCCUCAAAUUCCUUCCAAAUCGCCUCAAACGUCAUCUGGAUCGUGCUUCUCGGGUACUUUUGCAGCUUUUUGGGAGCGUUUCAAGUACCUGCCUUCAUUUGCCUCUUCACGUAUUGCAUCGUGGCGUACAUUCUUCAUGUGCGAAAUGAAAAUUUGACGACUCCAAGUGAGGAAAUUACCGAAGAAGCGACUCCGGCAAAGACAGAAAACGUUUUUAAACGGCCUAUGACACCAACGAAGGACGACGAGCUCGAAAGCGAUCAAUAUUUCAAGAUUUUGUUCUAUGCAUGUGUCGCGACGGUUCUUUGGAAGUACUCGUGGAUCGUAUUUUUGGGUCUAAUUUCGACUUCUUUGUAUCUCGUCAAGUGGCUGGCACAAUCGAUAGGCGUUUCAUCGCAUAUUUCUGCCAUGUACGAGAAUUAUCGCAACAAUUUGGGGGCAUUUAUGGCGGAAAGGCGUCACGUGAUCUUCCCCGUGUGGCUUCCGGCGGUUUUAGAACUAAAUCUGAAGACUCACAAAUUUUUGUUGGCCAAAGCAAAGAGCUACAUUGACGAUUUAUCGUCGAUUUUGGUGAUUUUUGGCUUGGUUUUCUCGAUUUUGUUCAUCAGUAUCUUCAGUUUUGUGCAAAUUUACUCGGAAACGAUCGCCGUAGCGCAAUUGGGAGGCAAUUUAAUCAAUCGAACGAUGACAUAUCGCCCGGAACUCGUCGAAAUGCUCCCGUUGGACAUUCAGAACAUGGAUGACAUCAUCGAUAAUGCUCACAAAUACGGUAGAACGACCAUUUCGACAUAUGUCGACAACAUUUUUAACGAUACGGACCCGAAUCAGGCGAAAAAAUUAAAAAAUCAAAUUUUAACCGUUUGGGAUCGACUCAUUCAGAGCUAUUUGGAUCGAAAUAACGGAGAAAAUCUCGUUGGACCGCGUGUGGGAACGCAAUCGCUGUACGACUCGUUGGGCGAAAUUGUCACAAAUCCCUCGACAAAAGCCGGGAUUAUCGAAUGGGCCAAAAGUAACUUUGGGAUGAUUAUGGAAGUUGGCGAUUCGGUGUGGUUAAUCGUUCGAACGAACCUCACUUUGCUACUUUCGGCCUUUGGAACGUUAUUUUCGAUCGUUUUGGGCGGCGGACAUGCCGUGGUUAAAUUUCUCCUGAACUCGAUAAUUUUUUUCACCUGUCUUUAUUAUUUGCUGCAAAAUAGUAAGGAGAAAUAUGCGCCGAUUGCUGUAAAUGCGCAGGGGCAAUGGACCUCAAGGUUCGCUUGUUCGAUCGAAGCGUCGAUUUCGAGUGUUUUAGUGGCGACUUUGAAGCUGGCAGUGUUUCAUGGGGUCUUUACGUGGUUGACUCACACGAUUUUUGGAGCGCAUAUUGUUUAUUUGCCUUCGGUUUUGGCAUCACUUUUUGCAGCGGCGCCCUUUUUGGAGACGUAUUGGUGCUCGAUUCCGGCGUUUUUGGAUUUGUGGUUGUCGCAGGAUAAAUUUUGGCUUGCUUGUUUGUUGGUGAUAAUUCAUUAUAUUGUGCCGUCGAAUUUUAAUCCGAUUAUUCACUCGGAAAUUAAAGGAGGAGGUCAUCCCUAUCUAACAGGUCUCUCAAUCGCUGGCGGUAUUUAUCUCCUUGGCUUAGAAGGUGCCGUUGUCGGUCCUCUUCUCUUGUGCUUGCUUGUCGUACUAUUUGACAUCACAAAAACUGCAUUGAAGGAAUCUCCUCAAACACCUCAUGCUGGAAUUACAAGACAAUCCAGUCUUGAUGCAACUGGCGCUGAACUUUAUUCACAAUCUCUGACCUCGUAGUACCUAAUGCUUGAUCUCCCGAUGGAUUCAAAAGAAAUUUACUUGGAAAUGUAAAUUUAAUGGAAUUGUGUUACCUGUUUCGUGUGACUUAUAACAAACGAACAACAAAGAAUUUAAUUUUUUAUGUACUUUUUUUACAGAAUGAUUUUUUUUAAUUACUGACAAUCACAAAAA